AUGGCGCGUCCACUGGGGCCGGUUCGCCUCAAGAAGGCGAGCCCAGUCACUCUCGCUAUCGGCGCCGUUUUCACCAUUCUUGUCUUAUACUUUUUAAUAGGCUCCUCGGCCCCUGAUUUCUCUGCUUCCAGAAAAGCCAGCGCAGCGUCUCACCCGCUAUCACCACCCACCUCUCCAUUCCGCAAGUCGACCGGAGGAGGGAAACCAAAGGCGCCGCCCGUCGCCCACUACAACCUCAACAAUGUCACCAUCACCAGCGACCCCCUGGGCAACCGGGAGAACAUCCUCCUCCUCACCCCCAUGGCCCGCUUCUACCAGCAGUAUUGGGACAACCUCUUGAAGCUGUCCUACCCCCACGAGCUAAUCACCCUGGGCUUCAUCCUCCCCAAGACAAAGGAGGGCAACGCCGCCACAACCGAACUCCAAAAGCAAAUCGCCAAAACACAAAAGUCGGGCCCGGAAAAAGACCGGUUCAAAAGCAUCAUCAUCCUCCGACAAGACUUUGACCCCCCUCUCCAAUCCCAAGACGAAGCCGAACGGCACAAGAUUCAAAACCAAAAGAUCCGCCGCGCCGCCAUGGCCAAAGCCCGCAACUCGCUGCUCUUCACCACCCUCGGCCCGGCCACCUCGUGGGUCCUCUGGCUCGACGCCGACGUCAUCGAGACGCCCUCCGAUCUGAUCCAGGACCUCGCCGCCCACAACAAGCCCGUCAUCGCGCCCAACUGCUUCCAGCGGUUCUACAACACGGAGAAGAAGGCGAUGGACGAGAGGCCGUACGACUUCAACAACUGGCAGGACAGCCCGACGGCGGUGGAGCUGGCCAAGAAGAUGGGGCCGGACGACAUUUUGCUGGAGGGUUACGCCGACAUGGCCACGUACCGGGCGCUGAUGGCGUACAUGCACAAGACGGACGGGCUGAGGCAGGAGACGGUGCCGCUGGACGGGGUGGGGGGCGCGGCGUUGUUGGUCAAGGCGGACGUGCACCGGGACGGGGCCAUGUUUCCGCCCUUUUCGUUUUACCACCUGAUCGAGACGGAGGGGUUUGCGAAGAUGGCGAAGAGGCUGGGGUGGCAGCCUUUUGGGUUGCCUAAUUAUAAGGUAUUUUUUUUUUUUUGCCUUUUUCUUUUGGGAGGGAGAAUGUUGUUGCUAACGGGAAGAUAG